AUUAACGAAUUCUCAGGUGUUUAAAUUAUUUGUUUUAUACGAAGGCCAUUGUUGAUAUAAUAUUAUAUCACCAAAAUUUUACAUAUAUAUAUAAUCGGUGAAGGUGUUAAGGUCUGGUAAUAAGUCAAAAUGGAUCGUUGGAUUGGAAAAGUUUGCGUAGUCACCGGUGCCAGUUCUGGAAUUGGAGCUACCUUAGCUGAGAAAUUGGUUGAUCUUGGAGUUGUGGUGGUAGGUCUAGCAAGACGCGUUGAAAGGUUGGAGGAAUCAGCAAAGGCAUUGGUUGGUAAAGCUGGAAAAUUGCAUGCAUAUCGAUGUGAUAUAACGAAGAAGGAGGAAGUCAUAAACGCAUUCAAAUGGAUUACAUGCACCGUUGGACCAAUUUCAAUUCUCAUCAACAAUGCCGGCGUCUCCAGACAUACUACUUUAAUCGAUGGGGAUGACAGUAUUUGGAGUAUGGUUCUGGACACGAAUGUGAUGGGCCUUUGCCUUGCUACAAGAGAAGCAAUCGCAUCCAUGAAAGCCAACAGUAUCGACGGGCAUAUAGUCCAUGUGAAUAGCAUUGCUGGACAUACGGUCUAUUCAAAUAACAUGUACUCUCCGAGUAAGUUUGCUGUUACGAGCAUUACAGAAGUGAUGAGGAAAGAGUUAUUGAACGCAGAGAGCAAAAUCAAAGUUUCCAGCAUUAGUCCCGGAAUGACCGACACGGAGAUGUUAAAAUUGCAAGGCGAUGAAAUAAUCAUACCCGACGAUAUGCCAGCGCUUAAUCCAGAAGACGUUGCCAAUUCCAUUAUACACAUUCUUGGUACUCCGCCUCACGUCCAGAUACAUGAGUUGAUCAUAAAACCAGUGGGCGAGGCAUUUUAAAGGAAGAUGAACUUGUAUGUUUUGUUUUUAUACGUUUCUUUAUUUAAAGGACUAUUAUAUAAAUAAAAUUAUUAAAGUUUA